AUGUCUAACCAGAAUGAACCCUUCUAUCUUCGCUACUACUCAGGUCACUCUGGGCGGUUCGGACAUGAGUUUCUAGAAUUCGAUUUCCGCACCCUUGGCGAUGGCCGUAGCGCUGCUGUCCGGUAUGCGAACAAUUCCAACUAUCGAAAUGACUCCCUCAUUCGCAAAGAAAUGUGCGUGAGCUCGGCGAUGAUGCAGGAAGUCAAGCGUAUCAUCAAAGAGAGUGAGAUCAUGAAGGAGGACGACUCGAAAUGGCCACAGAAGAAUAAGGACGGACGGCAGGAACUUGAGAUCAGACUCGGAAACGAACAUAUCUCCUUUGAGGUGCGCUGA